GGCCAUUUUGUUCUUAUUGCCCUCAAGCCGCGGGUCGUUAUGGCAUGUAUUAUCCUUGGUUUAUAAUAUUUAGUCUUUUUAGUGCACAUCAAGGCUACAUACCUUUUUCGUUGGGUACACAAACGAAAUUAGGCUUUUUUCUUCCUUGUGGAACCGCUCAUCUAGCCCCUGGUUUUAUUGCACUUGGCUCCCCCUUUGUUUUUUGUGCGUGCACAGGGCAACGGUCAGGUCCACAAGAAUGCGUAACGAACAAUACCAUUCAUCGUCGUACUACUUGACUACUACUUGCCUACCAUAUAACUUAGAAAAUCCGAACUGAAACAUAGGGAGCACAGACCAACCAUACUAUUUAAACCUGAAACAAUAGUAACGCAGAUACACGCCACCCUUUUCAUUUCCGCUAUUGACAGAAGCUAUGCUUUACUGCAAACGAGGCUCUCUGCCAGGAACAGCACAAAUACAUACACACCUGGCUUCUCGUGAUACAUACACUGAAACAUUGAAUUUUGAUUAGCGCCGCCAUUCAGCGUACAAUGGUUAUCACGAC